AUGUCCGACACAAAGCCGCUCAAGCUUCAUGCCCAUGCCACCGGGCCCAACCCAAUCAAGAUUGCAAUCGCCCUAGAAUUUCUAAAUGUGCCCUACGAGGUCAAGAUGUGGGAAUUUGGUGACGAUCCAAAGAAAGGUUUGAAAGGAGAGACGUUUACUCGCAUCAACGAGAAUGGACGUGUGCCAGCUCUCGAAGAUCCCAACACAGGAGUCGUCAGUUGGGAGAGCGGAGCGAUCAUGAAUUAUGUAAGGCGUGUGUACGACAAACAGGGUAAACUGGGCCCGAAGGAGAAGGGAGAGCAAGCAAUCGUCGACUUAGAGAAGUGGGAGUACUUCUUGCUUACCACACUGGGACCGAUGUCAGGACAGGUGAACUGGUUCAGGCAUUAUCACUCACAAAAGAACGAGGACGCUCUGAAGAGAUAUGUUGAGCAGACUUAUCGCUGCUACGGUGUGAUCGAAGGUCAACUUGCCAAGUCUGGUGGUGAGAGCAUCUUGCCUGGCAAGAUCACGGCUGCUGACGUACAUUUCUACCCCUGGAUCUUGCAGUACGAGUAUGCGGGAUUGAGCCUGGAUAGCUACCCAAAUCUGGCGAAGUGGUUUCGGAAUAUGAAGGAGAUGAAGGAGGUGAAAGCCGCGUAUCAGAAGAUCGAACAGGCACCAAAGCCGUGA